AUGUUUAAAUUAUCUUCUAAACUUUUAAAGAGCCGCAACAUAUUUCGCCAUUUACAAAAAAGAACAGCUGGAAAAGUUGAAGAUAAAGAUGUAAAUAUUUUUAUUAACGGAAAACCGGUAAAAGUACCAAAAUACUUUACAGUUCUGCAAGCUUUGAGAAGAGAAGGUGUCACGAUACCUUCGUUUUGCUACCAUGAACGACUCUCUAUCGCAGGGAAUUGCAGAAUGUGCCUUGUGCAGGUAGAGGGAAUGUUUAAACUUCAAGUGGCUUGUGGCGUACCAGUGAUGAAGGAUAUGAAAAUUAACACAAUUUCUCCUUUAACCCUGACUGCACAAGAAAGCGUCCUUGAAUUUCUUUUGAUAAACCAUCCCCUUGAUUGCCCCAUUUGUGACCAAGGUGGCGAAUGUGAUCUUCAAGACUUAUCUAUGAGAUUUGGAAACGAUCGUUCAAGAUUUACAGAUGUUCAUUUCAUGGGCAAAAGGGCAGUAGAGGAUAAGAACUUAGGGCCUCUCAUUCGAGCUGAAAUGACUCGCUGUAUUCAUUGCACCAGGUGUAUUAGAUUCGGUUCACAAGUAUGUGGUAUGGAUGUCUUGGGAACUGCUGGUCGUGGCACUGAUAUGCUUGUAGGAACUUAUGUUGAUAAGAUGUUUCUUUCAGAAUUAUCAGGAAACAUAAUAGACUUGUGCCCUGUGGGAGCAUUAACUGCAAUCCCGUACAUGUUCAAAGCCAGGCCUUGGGAAGUAAUAAGAACUAAUUCAAUAGAUGUUACUGACGCAACUGGAACAAAUAUAGUAUUGAACUAUCGCUUCAAUAGGUUACUUAGAGUUCUACCACGAGAACACGCAGAAAUAAAUCAAGAAUGGUUAUCAGAUAAAGGUCGUUGGGCUAUAGACUCCUUAGAAAUGCAAAGACUUGUCACCCCCAUGCAUAGAUUUCAGGGUUGCCUAUGCACGACUGAGUGGGAUACCUUGUUGCGAAUGAUUGGAAAAAUGAUAAGGUGCACGGAGCCAGAUAAAGUCAUGGCUAUUGCUGGUCCUCACACCAAUGUAGAGACUUUAGUAACCUGCAAAGAUUUUUUGAAUAUGCUGGGGUCUGAGCACACGUACAUCGAACGGGGAUUGUAUCACUCGAUUUCGAACUUUGACUUGCGUGUUGGAUAUUCAUUGAAUAUUAAAAUGAGUGAAAUAGCCACCGCUGAUAAAAUUUUGUUAAUAGGAACGAACCCGCGCUUUGAAGCCCCUGUACUAAACGCAAGGAUUCGUCAGGCGUACAUGUUUAACGAAUGUGAUAUUUACGUUGUUGGACCCAAAUGUGAUUACAACUAUCACGUGAAUUAUUUGGGUGAAGAUGUUAAGUCCAUAUCAAAAGCUGUAGAAGGAAUGAAAGGCGCCAAAAAACCGUUAAUAUUUAUUGGCGUGGCGCAACUAGAAACUGAACACGCUGGCAUAAUAUUGAAGCUAGCGUCAGAUUUGGCAGGUACUUUCGGUAAAGUUUGUUGCGAUUGGAAUGUCAUUAACUUUAUUCCUAGGGAAGCAAGUUUCGCAGGCGCUUUGGAAGCAGGAUGGAAGUCCGGUGGUUUAGAAGCCGUACAGACCUGUCCACCGCAGGUGCUCAUUUCUCUGGGAGCUGAUGAGAUAUUUUAUGACUGGACGCCACCAAAGAACUGCAUCGUGAUUUACAUCGGUUUUCAAGGAGAUCGUGGCGCAGAAGUUGCUCAGGCUAUUUUGCCAGGGAGCGCGUACACUGAGGCUGGUGGUGUGUUUAUGAAUAUGGAGGGCCGAUCUCAGUUUGCGCUGCCUGCACUCACUCCGCCUGGGAAGGCUCGUCAUGAUUGGAAGAUAGUGCGCGCGCUGGCUGAAUACAGUGGAGUUUGUCUGUAUUAUUGUGACCAGAGUUCACUCUGCUGUCGACUAGCGGAGAUAAGCCCCAACUUCACAAAUUUGGGUCCAUACCAAGAGAAAGUGUUCGCAAACUUGCUUCCUCAUUUAGUAACCAGCACCAAAGAGACCGGAGGCCCCUUGAAAGUUGACAUGAAGACCAUUAGGGAUUAUUAUUGCUCCGAUGUCUUUAGUUACAACUCACCGACAAUGAUAAAUGCUCAGAAAGCAGCUAAUAAAUUCGCUGAGUCAUCUUAUGCCGCGAUGUAA